CGAAGGAACGAUUUUUUGCAUGUUUUUUUUUGUUCCGUUAAUUCCUCUUUAUUGAAUUAAGAGGAAAAACCAACAGGUUUGGUUCAGGUUGAAAAUAGUUUGUUCAAGUUCUUUCGUAGAUCCGGAGUUUUAUAAAACGACUUAAAGAAAUUAAUCCUAAAACCUGACUGAAUCCUUGCCAUCCAACGGUGACGGCAGAAAAUAAAAUAUCUUUUCCCUGUCGCUGGUUUUGUCGAUCGAAAUUGCAGCUCAAUCCACAGCACUGCGUCCCGACGCUCGUAGACGGUGAUUUUUCCCUCUGGGAGUCCCGUGCCAUCAUGUGCUAUCUGGUGGAAAAGUACGGUGGAAAAUCGCAGGCUGCAUCGCAACUACUUCCAGUCGAUCCGCAACGACGUGCCACCGUCAACCAGCGGCUCUACUUCGACAUGGGAACGCUGUACCAGCGGUUCGGUGAUUACUACUAUCCGCAGAUCUUCGAGGGAGCUCCGGCCAACGAGGCAAACUACGCGAAAAUUGCCGAGGCCUUGGAGUUUCUUAACGUAUUUCUUGAGGGCGAACGGUUUGUGGCCGGCGGGAAUGGGUUCUCGCUGGCGGAUAUUAGCGUCUACGCGACGCUGACCACGUUCGAGGUGGCUGGGUACGAUUUCAGCGGUUAUGCAAAUGUUUUGCGUUGGUACAAGAGUAUGGCGGAGUGCAUUCCCGGUGCGGAAACAAAUCGCGGUUGGGCGGAAGCGGCACGGCCGUUUUUCGAGAAGGUUAAAAAGUGUUGAUCAGAACAUGGUUAGCGUUAGAGCACGAAAAUAAAUCACCACAGUGGCGAGACGGGAAAAUAGAACCAAUCCGGUGUGUUUCUGGAAUGCGAUCAUUAC